AUGCGGAGAUCAACUUGGGCGCGAAUAAGCCCAUUGAUAUUGUUACUUGUUUUCCUUCACAAUUCCCAUGCCGCCACGGUCAUCUCGUACCCAGAGCAUCAGGUGUGGUCCUAUCUCAGGGAGGUGCCCAGGUCGAAUGUGUCGGCCAAAUGCGCCAGUUCGUUGGAUAAGGUGAGAUAUUUGUGCUUGAAAUUAAAGUUUUUUUAAAAAAAAAUGCGGUUUAUGACAUUAUUUUUGGUAAAAGUUCCUUAUUUUGGCCACAACUUAUAGCUUUGCGGAAACUGGUCGGAAUUAGCCCAAAUUUAGCGUGCACGCUCAAUUCAUCGUUGUCAAUGCCCGGACAGUGGAUUUAGUUAGUGAGGUACCUUCUUUUUUACGUACCACCUUACCCUUCAAAAACGGCUGCAGCCUGUGAUUUUACACUUUAUACGAUGAAACAUGUCCGGAACUAAACUUAUUGCCUCCGUAUGGAACUAAAUGAGUCGUCACAGCCUUCGUAGGUACCCUCAAAACUAUAGAGCUAUUAUAGUAAUUCAGUGAAAGCAAGGUCGAAGCGUUUUUUCCUAACUUUAGUGCCCAAGCUUGGGCGCAGUUCGCGGAGUAGCUUUGUUGUGGCCAAAAUAAUUGCCUUAUUUUUAUAUUUUUUGCAAAAAUUUUGAAAAAUCAAAAUUUUGAAAAUUUAAUUAUUUGACAAUUUAAAAAAAUAUCAUCAGUCUGUCGGGAAAAUAAUGAGCACUAUGUCGCAGCAAAAGUCGCAUCGCCGCCGAGAAAAUGAAUCGUAUCCCGGAAAAUUUGCUUUUAACUCGCGAUUAGCACAGAAACAUUGUGUUCAUUAUUUUCCCGACAGAUUUAUGAUUAAAUUAGGCUAAAAAGGUAAAAUACGAUUUCUUGAAUUUAUUCUGAUUUUUAGUCUCUUUUUCAGCUCAAUUUUUGCCAUCAACGGCUAAAAAUUAUAAAAACGAUUUUUUUUAUUUUUAUUUUUUUCGAUUUUUGACAAAUUUGGUAUUCCUAAAUGAGGUUCAGAGUAAAAUACCAGGCAAAAUUAGUUUGAUAUUGAAAUAUAGGUCGUUUUUUGGCGUCCGAAUUUUUUUUAUAUUUUUUUUUUGACCUUUCAUUUUUUUGCUAGUUUGACUAAAACAGUUAUUAAAAAAAGAAGUGUAAAAUACGUUGCAGUUUGGACACUCUUCAAAAUUAUUAAAAAGAGAUCUAAACACAGACUUUUUCAAUUUUCCUAUUAUUUGUCUUUUUUUAUGAAAUUUUUAAAAGUUUUUUUCCGUCUAGCCAUUUUUUCACCUCCGAAAUACCGAUCCUAGACUACACAACUCUCCCAAUUUUGCUUCAUCUCUGUCGUAUUCGCGGUUCAGACAAUAAUUUUGUUUUUCGAAUUCCGUCUGACCGUUAAGCCGCGCUGUCAAUCAUUAAUUAUUUGUUUUGUCAACGGCUGAUCGGAAUUUCGAUAACUACUUGGCUAGAGAACAUGUAUUUUAUCAACACUUUUUUAUUGCAUUUCAAAAUAACGAAGUGACGUUAUGAAAUUAUAACGAAAAAUUGCACAGUGCAGUAAAAAAAUUAAAAUAAAAAAAAGAUAAAUUUCAAUGUGAAUUAAAAAAAAUUUUUUUUUGCAUAUAUAAAGUUUUUAAGCUGUAAAAAAAUUGUUAAAUUUCAUUUUUAAAAUUUUCCGCACAGUGCGGCGAAAUUAGAGAUUUUAAUUUUUUGCACUGUGCAAUGCAAAAAUAAGACCAAAAAUGGGGUUGCACUGUGCGGACUUGAGAAAAAUUAUUUUCCACGAUGAUCUUUGAGCAUUCAGAAGGAAAUUUACUACCUUUCAUUUUUGCAAACUCCGCACAGUGCGACAAAUCAGUGAUAUGAAAUUUCUGCACGGUGCAAUGGAAAAAAAGACCAAAAAUGUUGAUUGCACUGUGCUAAAUUGAAAUUUAUUGUUUUUAAAAUACGGCGAUGCAUCACAUUUAUAAUAUAAACUUUGAUUUUUAUAAAAUUUUUUCGCAGGGUUUGGGAAAGACAUUGGAAUGCUUGCUGCACUGUGCAGUGCAAAAAUAAGCCUAAAAUUUGGGUUGCACAGUGCAAAAGUAGAUUUUUUUUGUCAUUGAUUUUGCACUGUGCAAAAAUACAAAUUGCAGUAAAAAAAUAAAAAAAAAUAAAAAAAAAUUUAAAAAAUUAAAAAAAAAAAAAAAUAGAAAAAAAAAUUUUUUUUAAAUUUUUUCAAAAUUAAUUUCGAAAUCCUUUCAGGAAAAAGGCAAAAUAAAAAAUAGAAAUAAAAAAAAAUAAAAAAUAUACAAAAAAUAGAAAAAAUUUUUUUAAAUUUUUUCAAAACUAAUUUCCAAAUCUCUUCAGGUCGAGACCUACCUUAGCGACAAAUCCACAUUAGAAGCUCAACGCUCCUUCUAUUCGCAGUCCUUCGGUACCGGCGAUGCCACCCAAUUCACAUCCCGAGACCAGGACCGAUGGAUUUAUCGGGCCUUCGAAUGUCUUCAGGCUGCUGGGGAGACCGCGUACAGUGCCUCGCAAUACCCCCUGCACUAUUGUUAUGGGUUCAACAAUGAGAAACGGGAGACUGCGUAUGGGAUUUGCAUUCCAAGCACUUGCGCCAAUGAUCGGCAAUUGGUGAGUUGAAGACUUUUUUAAUUUUUUUUUUUUAUUUUGAACGUUUUACGUGGUUUUCAAAAAUUUUUUUGAAUUUUUUUUAUUUUUUUUUGAUUUCUUGGGAGUUUGAAAAAGAUUUUAGGGAUCGUAAAAAAAUAAUUUUUUUUCAAAAGUUUUUAUGAAAAUUGUAACAAUUUUUUCAAAGUUUUUUGAAUAUGACUAAAAAAGUCAUUUUUACACGGCAUCUCGUAUUUUACAAAUUUCAAAAAAAAAUUUUUUUUUGAAAGGUUACAUAAAAAAAAUCAUCUUUUCGCGUAUUUUACAAAAUAAACUAAUUUGCCACAUUAUUUUUUUUUUAUUUUUACUUUUUAACAACAUUAUCCAUAUUUUACCAUCCUUUUUUUAUAUUUCUCUCUUUUUCAACUUCGUUUUUUCAGCUUCUAAAAGAAUGGCAAAAGUCCGCCUCCAAAGGAGAGGACGAUUUGUCCUUGGACUAUGAGGAUUGCACAAAAUCCCGGCAUGCCACUCAAUGGUACCAACAGAUCGUCCCAUUGGUCCAAUUUUCUUCCGACAUUUUCCUUUUCACAUUGGCUGGUCUGGCAACGCUGUACCAUAUCAAAAAGGGAGACAAGGCAAAGUGAGUUAAAAAAAAAAAAAAUAAAAAAUCCUGUAAAUUUUCAGCCAAAAUUAUAUCAAAAUCAAAAAAAAGAAUUUUAAUUUCUGAUUAAAAACUCUGUAUUAUUCAUGAAAUUACAAGGUAAAACUGCCAUUCAUACCCUAGAAAAUUCCAAUCUAACAGGGGAAGAACUCCAAGUGCGACGCUCAGAUUUUCUUUAAAUUUUGCACACAUGUCGGGUAUGGACCAAAUAUCAAUUCCUGAAAGUUUUAGCUCGCGCUUUCCGGGCGCCGCCGAGAUAUCGAACGAUUUUUGCCGCCGAGAGAGCACGCUAAACGUGGAGAGCGGUCAGAGAGAAAAGCGCUUUUUGGCCAUAACUUUGGCAGUUUCGUGCGGAAAAAUUUAAUUUUUUGUACUAGGCGGGCCAAAAAGUCUUGACAUGUUUUCGCACCGUGCGGGCGCAUGAAUUCGGUGUCGCGACGAGGUGUCGCGCGAUAAAACCUUUGGCGGGGUGCGAAUGAAGAACGCACUGUGCGUUGUUUCCCCCUUUCAAAACAAUCUUUUUUGCACUGUGCGGUGUCGCAUUGCACCGUAAAUUUUUCUUGUCGCCGCGCGACAAAUUGCAUGCACGACGGCGCACUGUGCAGACAUGUCAAGACUUUUUGGCCCGCCUAGUACAGUAGAAGUAGGCAUGAAAAUUUUCGUGCCGAAAUUCGGCAAAAAGUCCUAAAUUUUGGCCGACUUUCGAUCUAAAAAUCUGGGUUGUUUCUGCAAAGCGCGACCUAGCAUUCUCGCAUAUAUCUUACAAAAAAUUAUUCUAAAUUUGUGCCAAGUUUCAUCAAAAUCUGAGCGUCGCACUUGAAGUACUUCCCCUGUAAAUAAAAAAGAAUAAUGAUUUUUGUAACCAUCUCCUUCCAGAUCAAUCGAAACCCAAUUCCUCUUGGCCUUUUCGCUCAAGAAGAACCUCAAAAAGCUGGUCCAAAUGCCCAAGGACGCCCAGUCCACGAUCACCUGCAUGUUCGGCCUCCGCUUUCUCUCCAUGGUCUGGACGUUGGUCGGGCAUUCCUUCAUUUUUGUCCAAGCUUUCAUCGAAAAUGUGGACGAAUUCAAAGACGAUUUGGUGGAUAAUUUCUGGAAUCAAAUCAUCACCAACUUCACGCUGUCUGUUGAUGUGUUUUUGGUUCUUUCUGGAACGCUGACGGCGUAUUCGUGGUUCAAGAAAUGGCAGAAAAAUACGAGCGGUAAGGCAUUACUCUUCUUCACAAGCUGGAUUGAAAGUUUUCGGUAUUUUUUAUCUUGCGCAGUGCAGUGGAAAAAAAAUUUCGAUUUGCACAGUGCAUUAGCAAAAAUCUUGGCUUGCACAGUGCAGUAGACAGAAUUUUUGAAAUUGCACAGUGCGGAGAAAAAUUUUAAAAAAAUACUUUGAUUUGCACAGUGCAUUGGCAAAAAUCUUGGCUUGCACAGUGCGGAAAAAAGAAUUUUGAUUUGCACAGUGCAGUGGAGAAAAUUUUUUGGUUUGCACAGUGCGAAAAAAAAUUUAAAAAAAUACUUUGAUUUGCACAGUGCAUCGGUAAAAAUCUUGGUUUGCACAGUGCGGAAAAAAGAACUUUGACUUGCACAGUGCAGUGGAGAAAAAUUUUGUUUCGCACAGUGCAUUCUCAAAAAUUUUGGCUUGCACAGUGCGGAAAAAAGAAUUUUGAUUUGCACAGUGCAGUGGAGAAAAAUUUUUUUUUGCACAGUGCAGUAGACAGAAUUUUUGAAAUUGCACAGUGCGGAGAAUGAGCUUUUAUAUUUGCACAGUGCAGUGGAGAAAAUUUUUGUUUUGCACAGUGCAUUGGCAAAAAUCUUGGCUUGCACAGUGCGGAAAAAAGAAUUUUGAUUUGCACGGUGCAGUAGACAGAGUUUUUGAAAUUGCACAGUGCGGAAAAAAGAAUUUUGAUUUGCACAGUGCAGUGGAGAACAUUUUUUGGUUUGUACAGUGCGGAUAAUAAGCUUUUUUAUUUGCACAGUGCAGUGGAGAACAUUUUUUGGUUUGCACAGUGCGGAGGAUAAGCUUUUUUAUUUGCACAGUGCGGAAAAAAGAAUUUUGAUUUGCACAGUGCAAUACACAAAAUUUUUGAAAUUGCACAGUUUGGAGAAAAAUUUUUAAAAAAUACUUUGAUUUGCACAGUGCAUUGGUAAAAAUCUUGGCUUGCACAGUGCGGAAAAAAGAAUUUUGAUUUGCACGGUGCAGUAGACAGAGUUUUUGAAAUUGCACAGUGCGGAGAAUAAGCUUUUUAAUUUGCACAGUGCAGUGGAGAAAAUUUUUGGUUUGCACAGUGCAGUGGAGAAAAAUCUUGGCUUGCACAGUGCGGAAAAUAAGCUUUUUUAUCUGCACAGUGCGGGAAAAUGAAUUUUGAUUUGCACAGUGCAGUAGACAAAAUUUUUGAAAUUGCACAGUUCGGAGAAAAAUUUUUAAAAAAUACUUUGAUUUGCACAGUAAAAUGGAAAAAAAAUUGUGAAAUUGCACAGUGGACUGAUUUUUUUUUUGAUUUGCACAAAACAGAGGGUAUUUCGUACGAUCCUUCGCACAGUGCAAUGGACUAAUUUUUGAAUUUACAGAAUUUACAGAAUGCACAGUGCAAAAGAAAAAAAAAUUAUUUUUUGCACAGUGAAUUUGAAAAAAAAAAUAAAUUUUUUUCGCACUCUGCAAUGGCAUUUUUUUCUUUGUAAAAUACGAGAAGGUCGCUUUUUUCUUGAAUAAACGUAUUAUUGCUUAAAAUAUUAUAAAAUACGGUUGCAACGUGCAAAAAAUUCAAAUAUAAAAAAAAAAUCAAAUUUUGCACUGUGCAAUCAAGAAAAAACCAUUUUUGUAAAGUACGUCGUAUUUCAUGAAGUCUAUCUAUUUUUAAUUUCUUCCAUCUAUUUUUUAUAUCCUAAUCCCUCCAAUUUUUCAGAAAUUGAGCCCUCCUGGACGUCCUACGGCUUCUGGCUUCGCUUCUAUCGUCAUCGUAUUGUCCGCCUCUACCCUGCCUACGUCUACACCCUCAUAGCCGUUACAAUGCGAGUCUCGGUGACACAUUACCAUCCAAUGUGGCCUCCGACCGACCCAGCCGUCCAAUGUCCCAAGCAUUGGAUCGAAAAUAUCUUGUUCAUCAACUCGUUGACCGACAAUCGUUGCAUGCCGUGGACAUGGUACAUCGGCACCGAAUUUAUCUUCUAUCUUUUGGCUCCGAUCUUCCUGCUGACGCUGCGACGCAACCCAUCACUCGGUCUGGGCAUUUCGGUGGCCACUAUUGUCGUUUCGGCGGUUUUGAAUGUCAUUUGCAUGUUGAUCUACAACUUCCCACCAACACAAUUGCUGUGGAAACAACCAGCCAACUUCAAUCCGGACUUUAUUCUUCAUCAUUUGGUGAUCUACAUCAAGCCCUGGUAUCGAAUUGGCCCAUACAUUGUGGGCAUCUUGUUGGGCUACCAUCUGGCCGGCUACCAGGCGCAGACGCAGAAAAAAUCAAGAAGCCUGCGAUUCGUCCUCACUGGAUGGGCAAUUGCUGGAGCUAUGUUGUUCUGGGGAUUGUUUGGAGUCUACCCGGCGCUUCAAGGUAGGUCAAAUUUACUCUUACGUUGAGCUAUGGGGUGGAAUAUAAAACCUUUGAGAUUUGCACAGUGCAAAAGUAAAAUUUGAGAUGUUUGCACUGUGCAAUGAGGGUUAAUGAACUUUUUUGGCAUAUUUUCGUUUUUUAGAUACUCUGCAUAGUAAAAAACCCAAAAAAAAUUUUUUUUUGCGUCUGCACUGUGCGGUAGGAAAAUCGGAAAUUUUGCACAGUGCGGUCAAAAAACUCUUAAAUUUUUGCACAGUGCAGAAGGAAAAAUUGAUUUUUUGGAUCUUUAGCAAUAUAAUAGACGUUAGUUCUCUAAUUUUAUGUCGAAUUUUUCUUUUAUCAUAAUGCAAACACAAAAAAAUUUGGAACUUUCUCACUGCACAGUGCAAAGAAAAAAUUUUCUUUUUUUGCACCGUGCGACAGAAAAUUUUGGUUUUUUUGUGCUAUGAUUCACAGUAUGGCCAAAAUUUGUCUGGUCUUAAUUCUUUAGGCUUUUCUGCACCGUGCAAACCUCAAAACUUUUAGUUUUAUUUUUUGCACGGUGCAAAAAAAUAAUUUUUUUGGACAGCCCGCAAAAGCGUUGAGGACUAAAAAAAUCAAACAAAAAGUGUUGUAAAAUACGAUAUAUUAAGCAAAUAUUUGAUUUUUCAGGCUGGGACUGGCCCAUCUACCACAUUGUCUACGGCGCAACACAUCGCACCGUGUUCGCCCUGGGACUCUCCUGGCUGAUCUACGCUUGCCAUACCGGGCUUGGUGGACCCCUGAACAGCUUCCUCUCAUCUCGUUUCUUCCUUCCACUCUCCUCCCUCUCCUACUCCGUGUACUUGAUCCACAUGAUCCCCGUGGUGUUCACCUACCUCAUCGUCCCAUUCCCCCUGCAUUUCACCGCCAAAUGGAGGUACUUCAUCCAUUGCUUCAUACAGCUCUGCAUUUCGUACGUGUUCGGCACGCAAUGCACGUUGAUGGCGGAGCUGCCCGUUCUGAAUAUCGAGAGGAUCUUGCUGACUCGCGAUCGCAAAGCGACGCUCAAGCCGGUCCCUCAGAAUGAUUGCGAGCUGCAGCUGAAGCCGACGGAAGAGGGAAAGGGCUCGGCUCCGACCUCGCCGAGGGCCAUGUCGCCGAAUAAGACGUAG